AUGCCGAACAUCGUCUCCAAGCACAGCUCGCAGUUUCGGGGCAACGCGCAGCACGACGCCCUCGAGUUCCUGCUGUGGCUGCUGGACCGCAUGCACGAGGACCUGGGUGCCGCCUCCCCUGCUCAGCAGGCCCGCCCCAGUGAGGACAGGAGCGGCGGUGCCGGCAGCUCCCCACCAGCCGCCCAGCAUCCCCGUGGGCAGAGCUUCGUGCAGAGCCACUUCCAGGCACAGUACAGGUCCUCCCUGACGUGCCCCCACUGCCUGAAGCAGAGCAACACCUUCGACCCCUUCCUGUGCAUCUCCCUGCCCAUCCCACUCCGCCAGACCAGGGCUCUCAAUGUCACCCUGGUGCUGCAGUGCGAGCGCUGGCGCUUCGUGCGGGUGGGGCUGGCCGUGCCCCUGCGCGGCACUGUGGCUGAGCUGCGGGAGAUGGUGGCGCGGGAGGGACACAUCCCCCCAGAGCAGGUGAUCCUGGCCGAGGUGUCCCCGCGGGGCUUCCUGCGCUCCUUGGGCGACGCGGAGGAGCUGGGUGCUGCCGGGGAGGGGGCUCCCCUCUACGCCUUCCAGCCGCCCCCCGCCCGCUGCACAGGGUGCCCCCGCAGCCUGCCCGCCUCCCCCGGGGCGGCCCGGCCGGAGGGGCAGCGCCUGCUGCCCGCUGCUGCCCGCUCCUCCGACUGCCUGCACCGCGGGGCGGGCGGCCGCAUCCUGCUCCUGCUCUGCAACACGGCGGGCACCGGCCCCCCGCUCCCCCGGGACCUGCCCGCCCUGCCUGCGUUCGGGCCGCCGCUGGUGCUGCGGGAGGAGCGGGGUGUCUCCUGGGAGCAGCUCCAGCAGAGCAUCCUGGCCCAGCUGCGGGCCCUGCUGCGGGGAGAGGUGCGGGCACAGGGCGCGGGAGCCCUCUUCCGCAUCCGCCUGGCUGGGGGCUCGGCCCCCUGCGCUUACCUGUCCCCGCAGGACCCCCGCCCUCUCUGCCACCCCGCCAUCGACAGAGCGCUGCAGCUGAGCGGGGCGGGUGGCCCUCCCCACGUGAAGCUGACGGUGGAGUGGGACGUGAGCACCAAAGAGCGCCUUUUCGGCAACAUCCAGGAGGAGGUGGUGCAGGACGCGGAGAGCGUGCGGCUGCAGCAGCAAGCGCACCGGCAGCAGCACAGCUGCACGCUGGACGAGUGCUUCCAGCUCUACACCAAGGAGGAGCAGCUGGCCCCGGACGACGCCUGGCGCUGCCCGCACUGCAAGGUGCCCCAGCAGGGCACGGUGAAGCUGAGCCUCUGGACGCUGCCUGACAUCCUCAUCAUCCACCUCAAGCGCUUUCGCCAGGUGGCUGAGCACCGGCACAAACUCACCACGCUGGUGAGGUUCCCCCUGCGGGGUCUGGACAUGGCUCCCCACGUGGCGCAGCGGGGCCAGGGGCGGUGGUACAGCUAUGACGACAGCCGGGUGGAGGGGGUGCAGGAGGCGGAGGUGAGCACCCGCAGCGCCUACAUCCUCUUCUACCAGCGCCGCAACGCCGUGCCCGCCUGGUCGGCCGGCAGCACCGUCAGGGGCUCCGUGGCCACCUCGCUCCCGGAUCACUGGCUGGCCCGCCUGGGCGGCAGCGCCCAAGACGCCUCGGCCACCCGGCCCUCCCCGCCCAGCACCCCUGAUGCCACCGCCGCCCCGGAGAAAGGUGGCUUCGAGGCCAGACCCUGGGUGCGGGGCGUUCAGGGCCGCAGCCUCAGCGUCAAGCUCUCGCCGGCCGGUGGCCCCCCCAGGGCUGUGCCCCCACGCUGGUCCUUCACCAGCAAGGAGCGGGGCCGGCCGGGGGCCCCGGGGGGGCUGGUGGCCUACCCGGACCCCGCGCCAGCCGGCCCCUCGAAACAGCCUGGCAAGGGGCAGGAGGAGCCGGGGCCCCCCCGAGCCCCCCGCCGGCCCCUCCGUGUGCCUAUGCUGCGGCGAGCCACCAGCGCUGGCGCCGAGGGGGCCUUGCGCCUGCCCCCCAAAAGCCAGAGCAGCCCAGAGCAGAGCAGGGGGCUCCGUCGCCCCGGGCUGCCACGGCCGGAGGGGGACGCGGGUGUCCCCCCGGCACGGCUGUCCCCCAGCCCGCUGGCCCUGGCGCGCUCACAGAGCUCGGCCAGCUUGCCCCCGCGCCCCGAGGGGGGCCUGCGGCGCUCGGCCUCAUUGGGGAGAGGCACAGGGGGACCCCCCCUGCCUGCCCAGGGUCCCGCCGGGGCCACGCUGCAGCGGGGACGGCAGCCCACGGGCUCCCUGUGCCGCCCGGGUGUGCCCGAGUCCAGCUUCUGA